AUGUCAAUGACCUUCAACUGCUCAAUUUCACAUUCCAACUUAGAAUAUCCAGUUUAUCCCGCCAUGUUUAGAACCUUAAACCAAUCAUUUAUCGGCCAAAAACCCAUUAGCCUAUCUUUGUUCUCCAAGAUAAAAACCUAUUGUUCUGCCAUUAAAACUGCUUCCGCCAGUAAUAACUUGUUCUCCAGAAUUAGUCCUAUCAGGGAAACCUCCCAAAUCAUUCCGGUCCUCCAGCAAUGGGUUGAAGAGGGCAGGAGGGUCCAAAAGAUCGAGCUUCAACGGAUUCUUCGUGACCUCCGUAACCGCAGGCGUUAUCCGCACGCCCUUCAGGUUUCUGAAUGGAUGAGGAGUGGAGGUCUUUGGACUUUCUUACCUAGUGAUUGUGCUGUACAUUUGGAUCUUGUUGGAGCAGUAAAUGGAUUGAAAGCUGCUGAAAAUUAUUUUUCUAGCUUGAAGGAUGAAGAAAAAAAUGACAAAACAUAUGGUGCUCUCUUAAACUGUUAUGUUCGCGAAGGUCUUUUAGCCAAGUCUCUGUCUCACGUUGAAAAGAUGAAGGAACUUGGCUAUGCUUCCACGGCUCUUGUUUACAAUAACCUUAUGGGCCUUUACAAACAAGCUGGUCAACUUGAUAAAGUCCCUGAACUGUUUGAAGAGAUGAAAAGGGAUGGGGUUUCCCCAAACAACUUCAGCUACAGAAUCUGCAUAAACUGUUACGGGGAGAAAUCUGACUUUACUAGCUUGGAGGAGCUUCUGGUAGAGAUGGAAAACCAUCCUCACAUCUCCAUGGACUGGACCACCUAUUCCAUUGUGUCUAACUAUUACAUUAGAGCGAGUCGAAAGGAAAAGGCAAUUAUUUACUUGAAGAAACUUGAAGAUACUCUUCGCAAGGAUGCUAUAGGAUAUAAUCACUUGAUUUCUCUGCAUGGGCAACUUGGGAAUACAGAGCAAGUGUUGAGGCUGUGGGAUCUUCAAAAAAUUGUUUGUAAAAAGCAGAUAAACAGAGAUUACAUCACCAUGCUGGGAGCCUUGGUGAAGCUUGGCAAGCUUGAAAAAGCUAAUGUAGUGUUGCAAGAAUGGGAGAGUUCUUGCCACACUUAUGACUUCAGAGUUCCAAAUGUUGUACUAAUUGGAUACUGUCAGAAUCAUCAAACAGAGGAAGCAGAGGCUAUGCUUCGAGAAAUAGUCAGGAAAGGGCAUGUUCCAACGCCAAACAGUUGGGCCAUCCUUGCUGGGGGAUACAUGGAAGAAAAAGACAUGGACAAAGCCUACGAAUGCCUGAAGGAAGCUCUUGCAGUACAUGAACAAAACCCGAAAUGGGAUCCGAAGCCUAGAAUACUUUUCAACAUAUUUAAUUGGCUUGGUAAUAGAGGAGAGCUUGCAGAGGUACAGAAUCUUAUAGGCUCACUGAAGUCUGUGGUUCCAGCGGAUCGAAACUUGUAUCAUGCUCUAAUUAAAGCGAACGUAAGAGGCAAAAGGGACGUUGAUUGGAUUUUAGAGAGCAUGAAAGCUGAUGGCAUUGAGGAGGAUGAUAAAGUCGAAAAGCUGCUUAGUGAAAGAUGA